AUGAGGUACCCCGAAAGAUAUCUCGUAGUCCAAGAAGGAUCUCACCGCCAUAUAAAUUUGCUUGUAUUUGCCUAUGUCCUUUCAUCUUUAUUAUCUUUGAGGAGAAGAAGCAGUAGCAACAGCAAGAGCAGCAGCAGCAGUUCACCUCCUCAUAAGCCAUAG